CGCUGAUACCUACUCCAGUCACCCAGAGGUUGCAAAGACAACUGUCCCUGUAGUUCUCAUUCUGCCCUUAGGAAACUCCCUUUCACAUCCUCAGCUAGAAAAACCCCAGCCUAAAGCAUGGGACCUCUGGUCUGGAGUCCUGUGCUCCGAUCAUGCACACAUGGCCAGAACUAGAAACGUCCCUUCCUUGGCAUUGACCAAAGCUUGCUCCUUGCUGUUUGAGGACGUCUGCGUUCUCACCUUUCAUUUCUCCCUACGAGCUUCUUACUUUUUCCUUAUACUUUGGCCUUAACAAUUUCGGUAACAGCCUCGGGACAAGACUAACGCGUACACAGAGGUGGAUGAGGGGACAGCCUUCCUGGGAAAAUGGUGUGCCCGGGUCCUGGCAGUGGGAGAGCGGGGCAAAGUGGGAACCAGGCUGAAGGCGACGACAAGGCGCUGGUUUUAAUAUGCAGAAGCGAAGAGGAAGAACGGGGAGAGUCAGAAGGCGAAGGCGGAGCUGUGACUCCAGAGGAGUGAACGAGAGCCACAGACCUGAGUUUAUAGAGCUGAAAAAAUGGCUGAAAGAUAGGAAGUUUGAAGACACAGGCUUAGUACCUGCCUGCUUUCCAGGAACAGGAAGAGGACUGAUGAGCAGAACAUCACUACAGGAGGGACAGAUGAUUAUUUCAUUGCCUGAGAGCUGUCUGCUUACCACGGACACUGUGAUUCGAAGCUCCUUAGGCCCCUACAUCCAGAAGUGGAAGCCUCCUCCAUCUCCCCUGCUGGCCCUGUGCACAUUUUUAGUCUCAGAGAAGCACGCAGGUGAUCAGUCCCUCUGGAAGUCUUACCUGGACAUUUUACCCACUUCCUACACCUGCCCGGUCUGCUUGGAGCCGGAAGUGGUAGAUCUUCUGCCUGAACCUUUAAGGACAAAGGUGGAGGAACAGAGAACCCACGUGCAGGACUUCUUUACCUCCUCCAGAGCCUUCUUUGCAUCCCUGCAGCCUCUGUUUGUGGAGUCUGUGGACAGCAUUUUCAGCUACAGUGCCUUUCUGUGGGCCUGGUGCACUGUGAACACCAGAGCUGUGUACCUGCGGUCUGUGAGGCAGGAAUGCCUUUCUGUGGAGCCAGACACGUGCGCGCUCGCUCCCUACCUGGAUCUGCUCAACCACAGCCCACAUGUCCAGGUAAAAGCAACAUUCAAUGAGAAAACUGGCUGCUAUGAGAUCAGAACGACUUCACGCUGUCGGAAGCAUGAGGAAGUGUUCAUCUGCUAUGGCCCCCAUGAUAACCAGCGGCUGCUCCUGGAAUAUGGCUUUGUCUCCGACUGCAAUCCUCACGCCUGUGUUCCUGUCCCCGGAGAGACGCUGGUUAAGUACCUCCCUGCAGCUGACAAGCAGGUGCACAGGAAGAUGUCCAUUCUGAAGGACCACGGCUUUACAGAAAAUUUGACAUUUGGAUGGGAUGGACCAUCUUGGAGGCUGCUCACAGCUCUUAAGUUGCUGUGUCUGGAAGCUGAGAAGUUUACCUCCUGGAAAAAGGUGCUUCUUGGUGAAGUGAUUUCAGAUACAAACGAGAAGACAAGCUGGGGUGUGGCCCAGAAAAUAUGCUCUGACUACAUCGAGGAAACGCGUGCUGUGCUGCGCAAGGUCUCUGACAUGAAGGAAGGAAACGUGUUGCCGGUAAAUCAACUUGCUUUGGUGGAAGCCUUGUGGGUGGAGGAGCUGAGGAUUCUCCAGGCCUCUGCUGAGAUUCUGAGCAGUUUACAAGCCCCUGACACCACGGGGGGCAUGUGAUCCCUCCUGUGGAGUGUGUGAUCCUCCUGUGGAGUGCGUGAUCCCUCAUGUGGAGUGUGAUCCUCCUGUGGAGUGCGUGAUCCCUCCUGUGGAGCAUGUGAUCCUCCUGUGGAGCUUGUGAUCCCUCCUGUGGAGUGUGUGAUCCCUCCUCUGUAGUAUGUGAUCCCUCCUGUGUAGUAUGUGAUCCCUCCUGUGGAGUGUGUGAUCCUCCUGUGGAGUGUGUGAUCCCUCCUGUGUAGUAUGUGAUCCCUCCUGUGGAGUGUGUGAUCCCUCCUGUGGAGUGUGAUCCCUCCUGUGGAGUGAGAUCCUCCUGUGGAGUGUGUGAUCCCUCCUGUGGAGUGUGAUCCCUCCUGUGGAGUGUGUGAUCCCUUCUGUGGAGUGUGAUCCCUCCUGUGGAGUGAGAUCCUCCUGUGGAGUGUGUGAUCCCUCCUGUGGAGUGUGAUCCCUCCUGUGGAGUGUGAUCCUCCUGUGGAGUGUGUGAUCCUCCUGUAUAGUGUGUGAUCCUCCUGUGGAGGGUGUACUUUCCUCACUUUUGCUGAGGUUGGAAUAAAUAGACUUAUAUGACA